AACAGUCCAAGCUGAAAUGCUAGAAAACAUGCAAAAUGCAAGUCUAAAAAAAAACCAGUUCCACAAUCCCAACAAUGAAAAGAACAUUCCAUUGUGAAAAGUGAAAGUUUCCAAGUGAAAGUUUGGAAACCCAAACCAGGAGAGUGUCAGCUGGCUUUGAGGAGGAGGCAAAAGGCAAGGCAAGGAAGGCCUGGGAUGGAGAUCCUUCCUUGGAGGAUGGAGAUGCAGAGAGGGCUUUGCAGCCGCCUCCAGCUCUUUUUGCGCACGAAUCGGCUGCGUUUCCACCCGAGAUAAGAAGAGGCAGCUGAGAGCAAAGCUGGCCUUUGGCAGGAGCUGAAGCAGCCAGAAAAGAGCUGCAAGGGCCAUUGGAGAGCCAGGGAAAGCAGAGCCGCAGGGCGAUCGGGGAGUUCCAGGGAGCUGGUCCAGGGCUCCCUUGUAAGGCUCACCUGUCUGGGACUCACCUGUCUGGGACUCACCUGGAACUGCCAAGGAUGGAAAGGAGGCCCGGAGAAGCCGAGAAAAGCCACCUUCUCAACAGCUUGGAGAACAGGUCUUACUUAGGAAUCCCUGGGAAGAAAUGCAAUGGUUCUGUGGUCGGCUACGUCCGAGACCUCACCUCUAUCGAGCUGAACCUGACAGGGCUGCAUUGCCAUUCCAGCUGGGUCAGCAAUGGCUACGAUGCAGAGAAAGAGAAAGCUCGAAAGCUGUAUCUUGCCUCUGUCAUCUUGAUCUUCAUGACAGGGGAAGUUGUGGGGGGAUACAUUGCCCAUAGCUUGGCCAUCAUGACAGAUGCUGCCCAUCUCCUGACUGACUUUGCCAGCAUGAUGAUCAGCCUUUUCUCUCUCUGGAUGUCAUCAAGGCCUCCAACCAAAACCAUGAAUUUUGGCUGGCAUCGAGCAGAAAUCUUGGGAGCCCUCUUGUCCGUGUUGUCUAUCUGGGUGGUGACAGGUGUCUUGGUCUACUUAGCAGUGCAACGGCUCCUCUCUGGUGACUACGAAAUAGAAGGGACUGCCAUGCUUAUCACCUCUGGUUGUGCUGUGGCAGUGAACAUCAUAAUGGGAAUCGCCCUCCACCAGUCAGGACAUGGUCACAGCCAUCACAGUCAUGGUGAGGGAAUGCAGAACACCAGCGUCCGAGCUGCCUUCAUCCAUGUGGUUGGGGAUCUUCUGCAGAGCAUUGGAGUCUUGAUAGCAGCCUACAUCAUUUAUUUCAAACCAGAAUACAAAUAUGUGGAUCCCAUCUGCACCUUCUUGUUUUCCAUCCUAGUCCUUGCAACAACUUUGAGCAUACUCCGAGAUGUUGUUCUGGUGCUCAUGGAAGGUACCCCCAAAGGUGUGGAUUUUAACAAUGUGAAGACGAUCCUGUUGUCCAUAAAUGGGGUGAAAGCCCUUCACAGUCUCCAUAUCUGGGCUCUCACGGUGUCUCAGCCUGUAUUGUCAGUCCACAUUGCGAUCAAUGCAGACGCAGAUGCACAGACUGUCUUAAAGGAAGCAAGUUCUAGGCUGCAGCGAGCUUUCAAUUUCCACACCACGACCAUCCAGAUAGAGAAUUACUCCGAGGACAUGAAAGACUGCCGAGAGUGCCAGAGCCCUUCUGACUGACCCUUUGUACCCCUGGGAAGGUCAAUGAGCAACCUAUGGACGGAUCUCCCAUCCUUUCUAAGCUGCUACCUCAGAAUUUCUGCCAAUGGGACCUGACUUUUGGGUCCCUUGCAGCCAAAAAACUCACUUGGAGCCUGAAACAAACUGUUCCUAGUUUGUUUGGGAGCCAAGCAAAGAACCACUGUCUCAUUCCUCCUCCUCUUCCUUUCUCUUUUCUUUUCUCUCUCCUUUUUAUGUGUUUGCUAGUCCCUUCCUCCUUUCCUAAAUGUACUUUUUAAAGAACCUAAAAUGAAGCUGCAGGAGAUAUCUGCCUAUUUAUGGACUUGGC